AAAAUUUUUAAAUAUUUAUUAAUAUCCUAAACCUCACCUUCCAAACCCUCACCCCUCAACUAUAAACCAUAAGUCUAGAUUAGUUAAUCCUAAAGUUAUAAAUGUAUGUUUACCUUUUUAAAAUUGAAAGUAAAUAUGGUUAAAGUAAACAUGAAAAAUGGUAUUAGAAAUGUGGUUGUUUAGAAAAUUUCCUAAGAAUUAACAUAUUAUUUAGGAAAAUAUAAAUCAUAAAUAAAACAAGGUAUUUUCCAAAUUAUCUCUUUUAUCAAUGAUACCAAUUUCAUAAAUAACUAAACUGCUCAAAAGAUUGGGGGACACGUGGCGUCUAUAUCAAAAUUUCUCAAACGAUAAAUCUUUCUCUCCGAAAAAGCAGGUGGAAUACGUAAUACCAACUAUUUUAUCUCCGUAUAAAUUAAAAGAACAAAAGUUACAAACUUGUUUCCUUUUUAAGUGGGAUUUUCCUCUUCUUAUUUAAAUCGACUUUACUUGUUACCAUGUGAAUAAAAGUUCACUUGUUUCCUUUUCUAUUAAUAAUGAAUUGACAUAUUAUUUUAAAUAAAAAGAGGAUAUCUCAACAGUUAUAUAUAGAGAAUAUAUCCAGAACGACUUUAGGGUUUUGAUUCUCUCUUGGCAUAUCUCUCGGCCACAAAAGCUCAGCCGUUGCACUUUAAUUUCUGCAUGAUGGCCAGGACGAUUGACUUUGCGCAAGGAUGGAGAAUUAUGCAGAUUGGUAUCACUAAGCUGGAAAAGCAUGUGGAAGGACUUCCUGGGAACUCAAUUAAUAGUGAGCAAUAUAUAAAACUUUACACGACUGUCUACGUUAUGUGCACCCAGAAACCUCCUCAUGAUCACACAGAGAAGCUUUAUAACAAGUACUGUGAAGUACUUGAGGAAUAUACUAAGUCGACAGCUUUGCCUUCUCUAAGGAAGACCUAUGACGAUGAAUAUAUGCUGCUGCGAGUACUUCUUGAAAGAUGGUCUAUCCAUAAAAAGAUGGUUAGACGCCUAUCCAGGAUCUUCCACUAUCUUGACCGUUACUUCGUUUAUCGCAAUUCACUCCUAUCUCUGGAAGAAGUUGGAUUAGCAUGCUUCGUUGACAUGGUUUAUAACACGUUGCAACGCAGGGUCAGAGAAGCUGUGAUAGCUAUAGUUGAUAAAGAACGAGAAGGUGAUGAUACUGGUAUUGAUAGGGCGUUACUUGAAAACAUUAAAGACAUUUAUGUAGAGAUUGGAAUGGGUAAUAUGACAAGAUACGAACAAGAUUUGGAGAGCUUCAUGCUUGAAGGUACAGCGUCUUACUAUUCUCGCAAGGCAUCAAGAUGGAUUCAAGAAUAUUCUUACUUUGAUUACAUUCGGAAGUCUGAAGAAUGUGUAAAGAAGGAGAAGAAGAGAAUGUCUCACUACCUUUACGCAAGCAGUGAGCCAGAGCUGGUUAAGAAAGUAGAGCAUGAGUUGUUUGUAGUGUAUGCAAACAAGCUUCUUGAGAAAAAGCACUCAGAGUUCAGGGAAAUUGCGGGAGGCUUGGAACCUAUAACAAACAUGUUCAAGCAGCAUGUUGAAGACACAGAUGGUCAAGACACGGCUGCAAUCAGAAAAGUGAUUGAGGUACAUGAUAAGUACAUAGUCUAUGUCACCAAGUGUCUCGAGAAUCAAACCAUCUUUCACAAGUCCUUGAAAGAGGCAUUUAAGUUCUUCUGUAGCAAAGCAGUGUCUGGAAGCUCUUUAAGUGCUGAAUCACUGGCAACAAUUUGUGACAGAAUUAUAAUUCUCAAGAAAUGGGCAAGUGAGGAGCUGAGUGAUGAAGCUAUUGAGAAGGUGGUCAAGUUUCUUGCGUAUAUAAGUGAUGACAAGGAUCUUUUUGCAGAGUUUUACAAGAAGAAGCUGGCACGUAGGCUGCUAUUGAAUCGUGAUGCUAGUGAUGAUCAUGAGAGAGGGAUCAUUACAAAGCUCAAACAACAGUUUGGUGGGAAUUUUACUUAUAAGAUGGAGGGAAUGGUGACAGAUUUGACAUUGUCAAGACAAAACCAAAACAGCUUCGAUGAGUAUGUAGCCAGUAACCCUGCUGCAAAACCAGGGAUUGAUUUUAACGUCACUCUUCUUACAACUAGUGUUUGGCCAAGUUACAAAACGUUUGACGUGAAUCUACCUAGUGAAAUGGUCAAGUGUGUUGAAAUUUUCAAAGUGUUUUAUGAAGCCAAACACAAACGUAGGAAACUUACUUGGCUCCACUCACUAGACACUUGUCACAUCAACGGAAAGUUCGAUCAAAAGCCCAUUGAUUUGAUCGUGUCGACUCACCAGGCUGCUGUGCUUCUGCUUUUUAACACAAGGGACCAACUGAACUACACUGACAUCCAAACUCAACUGAACCUAAGCCAUGAAGAUCUUGUGUGGGUGCUUCAUUCCUUGUCAUGUGCUAAAUACAAGAUUCUUAUCAAGGAGCCAGCCACAGAGACUGUCUCCAAGACUGAUGUCUUUGAAGUCAACUCCAAAUUUACCUCUAGAAUGAGCAGAGUAAAGAUUCCUCUCUCACAUGUUGAUGAACGGAAGAAAGUUGUUGAAUAUGUUAAUAACGACAGGCGCUAUGCAAUUGAGGCUUCUAUUGUCAGGAUCAUGAAGGGCAAGAAAGUAUUGGGACAUGAACAACUUGUUUCUGAGUGUGUCAAGCAACUUAGUGGGAUGUUCAAGCCUGAUGUUAAAGCGAUUAAAACACGCAUAGAGGAAUUAAUAGCGAGAGAUUAUUUGGAGAGGGACAAGAUGAAUCCUAACAUGUUUAGGUACUUGGCUUAGGGAACAAAGCAUAUAUCUGGUAGUGUUAUCCUCUUGUUGUUUGCUUAAUUUUGCUUUCCUGUUUUUUUUUUUAAACACGGUCAUGUUUUAUUCUUGGGAUGCAAUUGACCUUAUGGCGGUUUGUUUCUUGGAUAUGAUGGGAACUGGAGCUGGUUCUAAUAAAAAGUAGAUUUUUUUUUCUGAGUCUUCAUUAGCUUUAAAAACUAUGUUCUAUGAUUCUUAAUCCUUUUGUUAAUAGAGUCACAACUGUAUGAUUUGGGUUCAGAAACUACAAUAAGCUACUUAUGGAGAUCUGAGUUUUCGAUCGACCUGAUGUUGUUCAAUCGAUUUGUGUUGACUUUCUCGUUCGCCCUUUUGUCCGUAAAUCUAUACAAUACUAAAAGUAACAUAUCCUCACCGUUGAGGGUAUCCACGUUGGAAAAAAAAAAUAGACCAAUGAGACUUUUAAAUUGACAAGUCAUUAAAAAAAAACACAUCACCAAAUCACUCUUUUCUCGAACCUUUUCAACAUUACGCCGAUUUUCCAAUAUCUCUUUGGUCUUCUCCCGAUUCAUCUACCUCUGCAAAAACAAUUUUUCUCAAUUUUUUUCAGCUUUCCUCCUUCUCUCCUUACUCACUAUAUAAGACGGUGGUUGAUUUACGAAAGAUUCCUCUCACUAAAACCACCAGAUCUCUUCAUGGCCUCCGGGGAAAACUAGUAGUUAGUAACGGCGUUCGGUUUUGGUUCCAUCACUUUACCUCUGUAUACAGUUUACUGUAAAAAUAAAUUAUUCCUUCAUAUUUGGUGAGUCACUGAACGCCUUGCUCCUGGUACAUAAAAAACAUUACUUAACUUUUGUACACUUUUCUUUGAAAAGUGUUCUUCGGAGUUGUCUGUGAUUUCUUUUUUUUUUUGAUAUUUUUAUCAUAUUGUGAGAGAGAUGGAGGACUUCGAGUUCCAUCACUGGUGGAGCCUACGGUUAAAGUUUAGUUCAUUAUUUCACUUCCUCUGUUUCAGAUCUUUGGUUUUGUAACUGGUGAAAGCUCUUGAUCUGGUGUUUAAUUAGGUUGUUGGAGAUUUAAAAGGAGGAGAUGACGCUUUACAGGAGAGGAUUUGUCAUCUGUUUUUUCAGGGACCAACGGAAAAUGGGCAAAUUGAUGUUCACUUUCAGGAUCUGUAUAGCGCAAGAACAACGUUCGAGCAGGCCCGACUUCAUUUGGUCAUCACUUUUUCUUAUGCUAUGAGAAUUUCCAAGAUAUUUCCUUUGCUUCAAUCUGCGAGUCAACACCAUCACAUGUAGCGCAACAUGAGUCAUCCUUGGUAUCGUCCCGUUAUCUAGAUCCUGAAUAGAAACUAAAUGAGGAUCAUGGUGUGUAUUGCCUCUCUCUCUCUCUCAAAUACUUGAAACAGAAAUCUUUAGCUCAUUCAAGUCGAAGGCUUUAUCUAGAGUUCCCUAAAUGAGCUUUUGCUACAAUAUAUGUACAUGUUUUGUUUUCUUACAGGUUAUAUCGUUUUUGUUAACGGCUUAUGCUCAAACAUCCAUGCGGCAGAUUUUCCUCUUCCAUGUUAUUCUCAUAAGAAAGAUGAAAUCUUCGAUUUCUAUUCGUCUGAAAGCCCAAAACAAACGUUGAUCUCGAAGUUUAUGUGCAGCAGAUGAGAAUCAGCAGGGACUAUCCAUAAAGAUAUAAGGAGAUGGGCAUUCAACUUCUUCCACGCUGAUCAACAAGAAACCAGGUUUCUAUGGAAGCAUAAACCCACGGAAACUGAUCACUUUAAGCUGAUAUGGAUGAAUGCAGACCUCUGUGUAAGAGGACAUAGCGUUUGAUGCGUUGUGUUAUCAGAUCUGGUUGAAGAUUUAGAGGAUGGGGAUCGUACUUCUCAGCCAAAGGACAAAGUUGUGACAUGGAACCUUCCAUUUCGAAGUGAUACCUCAUAUUUGGUCCAGUCUACAACAUAAGAGAAGUACGGAGUUAGGUACUCGAGGCUGAGAUACUUACAUGAUGCAAAAGAGGUUAUCAUAAGCCAUGGGGCGGAUCUCAUCUCAGGUAUUAUUCCCUGAUCUCCACUCAACGAAACCUGACGCGUAACAGAAGGAAUCAGAGGACAACAAGGCCAGUGGUGGAUCUGAUGAGAGAUUUUUCGUAUAGCCAUAUACAGAGCGGGUGGGAUAUGAACCAGUAGCUGUAAUGUUUUGCAUUAUCCUUGCAUUAUCAGUAAAUGACAAUUAGAAGUUACAGCUACUUGCCUUUUUCUUCUACGGUUAAGUUUAUAGUUGUUUUAACGUACAAGAUAAAUCGGAAGAGUAGACGUGUUGAUAAUUCUGUAGUAGAGUCUUAGGUGUAUCUCUUUAGUUUGAGGGUUAGUUUCAGUAGAAUCUAUGUGCCAUCUUUUGGUUGUAUCUGGUGAAGCUGAAGUUCUUGGUGGGAAUAUGAAAAAGCAGAUAAUGGAUGAGUCUGAGAAUUUGAGUUUGAACUGAUUGGUGCCGCCUCAUCCUCCACCGCUUCCACCAUCUCCAGGAUAUGAAUCAAGAGAGGUUGAGGGAGACAGCAUAACCUAAAAACAGAUCAACAAGUUCCCUCAUCCUCUUUGCUGCUAUUGAGGCUGCAGCUCAGAGGCCUAAUCUCCUUCUUGGUUUUGACAAUUCUUGUGAAGGUUUUAUAUCACUGAAGAGGAAAAUCAAAAUUUUCUCGAGUUUUUAUAAUCUUCUGCUAUAGAUUGGAUAGAGCCUCUUUAGAUCAAACUAAUUAUGAAGGUCGAUAUCAAUAUCUAUUGGUGUCUAUUGGAGAUUCAAAUUUUUAUGUACGGUUACAAUAAUA